UCAAAUUAUCCUGUCUGGUUUCUCUCUAAUGGCGACUGUAAUAGAUUCAUCACCAAACAAUCACUUGAAUCUUGAUUCAAUCCCAACAAUUUAUCUAAGACUCUUAUCUCAAUCUGAUCUCCAUCUAAUCGAUCUUUGAGAAAAUAAUCUUCACAUGAAAUUAGCCCCAGAGGCCUAAUUUGAGAGAUCCGUUUGAUUCUGAAUUGAAGAAGAGAACAAUUGGAUUAGAAAAUGAAGAUGAUUUAUUAUGGUUCGUAAAAGGGUUAUAAGGGGUUUGGGGUUGCAGAAGAAAGACGAGGACAAUUGUUGAUGCUAGUGAUUUUGGGGACUUUUUCUCAAUUGGCUGGAAGCUUUAUGCUUAGCGUAAGGAGGAAAGAUGGCAAAUUUUCAUUGUUCUGUCGCAGAUACUUAAGGGUGAUAAGCAAUAAUUGUGUGAAGACAUGAAGAGAGGACUAGGCAUCGCCAUCACUGACAAGCAGGGUCUCACUGGUUGUAAACGGGGAAUUGAAGCGGUUAGAGGUUCUCCUGAAUAGUCAUACCAACACCUGGUCAGUCACAGUAACAUGCUUGUAGAACACAACCCAGGAACGCAAACAACAAUUGAACCCGAUACAAAUGGUGGUUUUUUGUAUUAUUUUUUUUGCGCUGGGCGUAUCAUUACAAGGAUUCAAGUCUUGGUGUAGACCCGCAUUUGCUGUGUAUGGUAUGCAUCUAAGUGGGGAACGCAGAGGAACUCUACUUUCGGCAAUUGGGCAUGAUGCCAAUGGAAAAAUGUACCCUAUUGCGUUUGCCAUCGUUGAUUUUGAGAACGGUGAUUCCUUUUUAUGGUUCAUGCAAAAGUUAUUCAAUGCGCUUGGUCACGAGUAUUUGGUGAGAAAGGAUCUAGUUGUGUGUUCAGACAGAUCGGCAGGCUUCGAAUCAGCGAUUGCGGAAGUGUUUCCUGAAGCAUGCUAUGUGUACUGCACAUACCAUAUUAAAGAGAAUAUCAUCAGGAGGUACCACAAUUUCGCCGCUGCUAAGGCAUUUAUGAGAGAUGCACAAGCGUACACUAUAGAUGGUUAUCAGAGGGCUAUGUUACAAGUCAAAAAGGAUAAGGCAGUUUUUUCCUAUGUGCAGGAACUUUAUCCAAGGCAUUGGGCUAGGGUGAAAGCCAAGAGAGCCCGUUAUACUCUCAUGACAACAAACAUCUGUGAGAGUUGGAAUAACCUACUUUUGAAGGCUAGAGAUCUCCCUAUAACCCAUUUAGUGGAUUUCAUUCGAACAGAGCUUAUGGGAGGGUUGGAUUGCAGGCUUGCAGCCGUAGUGUUAUCUGGAGAAGUUGGAUUGCAGGUACCCAAUGUUGGCGCGGUGGUCAAUCAUCCAACUGCAACAGCGCCAGCCCCAGCCCCAGCCAAAGCAUAGAUCAGAACUUUCUGGAUGAUUUCCGACUCUCUUGUUUAGAAUGUACAUUUUUAUUUUGAACCAAAACAUUGUCAUGCGCUUUAACCUUCAAGUACCCUUGCAAAGUAAAACUCUUCUGGUUAUGUUGUUAAGCCUUAUAAGGCAAUGAACUUUAUCAAUGUUAACUAUGUUUUAAAAUUCA